CGUCAAUUGAAUGGUCCAUUGAAUGAUUCAACAUACAUUGUAUAAACAGAAUUAUGAGAAAAACUGUUGUGCAAAGGAAUAUUAACUGUAAGGACCAAUAUUGCAAAGAAGCAAAUGGAAAGGAAGAUGUUGUUGUAGACCAAAUCUGGUUACAUGAACCUAAUGCAAAUAUUAUGCAGAUAACUGAAUUAGACUUGAAUGAAUCAGACGUUCUAAAAUAUGAUCAAAAUACGUUCAAUCAUACCUGGAAUUAUGUUAACAACGACCCGUUCCGGACGGCUGAUUUUGAAGGAGAAUAUAAAGUAAAUAAUAAAGCUAAAGAAAAGAGACGUUUAAAAAACAAAAUCAAAAUAUUAUCUGCAAAUUCAGAAGAGGAUGUAGCAACCUUAGUGCAUACUGGAUUCAGUAAUAAUAACAGGAACUAUAAAAAGAGAGCAAAUGGUCAAAUUAACUGCUUUACUAUUAUUAAUAAGCAUCUUGCGGAUUGUUCUUCAACAGAUAGCGAAAUAUAUAAUGACGAUCAAAAUCAUAAUGAUACCUUACAUUAUGAAUGCAAUGGCAAUAAAAAUUCUUCCUACGAUGAAGUACUCACAUAUGAUGCAAAUAUGGAUACUGAUAAACAUACAAUAUUGAUAUAUUCUUAUAAAAACCAUCAUCUAUUCUCAGACACAGACGUCGAAAUAAUGAAAAUUUCUAGUAAAGAGUGUAGUUCCACAUCAAGUUCCAUCGAAAAUAUAGGUGAUAACACAAAGGACAGAAUUGUAAAUUCUUCCAGAAUUCCUACACCAAUUCCUGAAACAUACGUCCCAAGGUUGAACUUUUCGAUACCACCAUCCUUGCCUACUGUCACGGAAAUUAAUGAAUCAACGCAUCCGUCGAACGAAACUUUAAAGUCUGAUUGUAAUCUCAGGAAAAAAAUCGUAAACAACUGGUUUACUGAUAUCAAAAUAUGUAUGGAGGAAAAAGUAAUUCACAACGAAGAGAGUUUAGAAAAAUCCAACAUACUAAACUGGAUGGCUUUAUCGCCAAGACAAAAACGACGAACUUUCAAAAAUACUGUUUCUCAUGCACAUCUUGCUCAAGUAUCCAAAAAAAUCCCUGAGAUUACCAACAAAACAAAAAAAAAUAUUGAUUAUAGUGAUAUGGAGUCUUCGAUAAAACAAUCUAGUACCUAUACAGCUGAGAGAAUAUUAAUAAAUGAAAUAAAUAACAUUGAAAAUAUUAAUUUAGAGAGAUAUUAUGUGGAGGAUAGAGGCGACCAUGUUGAAAACAAACAUCUACGAAAGCCUCAUAUAAAAUGUUGUUCGUCGAAAUAUAUAAAACAUUCUCAUAUUACAGAUCCCAUAGAGAAACUUAAUAGCGAUAAUUGGAUUCUAGACGAUAAAUUAGCAUUGAAAACUAAGCAAAAUGAAUCAAAUUUAGAGAGUAUAAAUGUAGGAAAUAUUUCAUCAGACAAAAAUUCAAAUGAAAUUAAUGGUGGUUCUAAGUUAUGGAUUAAUAAUAUGUCUCUUUUAAAACCUGCAGAAUGGUCUGAAUACAUACCAAUAGUUGAUAGUGUGACUUCCUUAAAUUUUUCUUUAGAAAUAGAUUCAUUAGAAGAUAGUUCUUGUUUUAGUAGGUUAUUUCGAUGUUAUCGAUGCUGUAAUUAGUUAGAU